AUGUCCUAUGCGGUGAUGUUUUUACUCCUCCUUCUGGACCUGAUUAACUUCUCCUAUGCCCAGACAUUCUGGAAGCUUCAUAUAGACUACCCCAAAUCCGAUGCCCCUGGAAGUUCAAACCAGUACUGUAAUGUGAUGAUUGGUUGGCGGAAAGUGUCUAUGGCUGGUGGAUGCAAACCAGUCCACACCUUCAUCCAUGAGAAUACCUCCAGCAUUGCAAACUUAUGUAGUAUUCCUCCUAAGCCCUGUGGAAAGCGCCAAGUGAAGAUCUGUCACGAAAGCCCCAGUCCAAUCAAAGUGACUGAUUGCUUUGCCAAAUCAGGAUUCCUGCCCCCUACCUGUCAAUACCUAGAGAAUUCUGAUUCCCGAAAGAUUCAGGUGAUUUGUAAGAAGGGUCGACCAAUCUUUCUGAAGAACUAA